AUGUCGGGAUAUCCAGGCGGUGGUCAACGCGACCAGUACGAUGAUGGCUACGGCCAUCAACAGGGAGGCAACCAACAACAACACGGUGGAAACACUGACUCCUACUACCAAGACGAUCAGUACUACGAUCAAGGCUACGAUAACCGUGGCCAAAAUAACAACAACAAUAACAACCAUGACGGCUACUACGACGAAUCUGGUUACUACAACGCCGACCCCAAUAACCCCUACCAACAGGAUGGAGGCUAUUACGACGGCCACGACCAAUACCAAGACGGCUACUACGACAAUGGCCAGGGCGGCUACUAUGAUCAGGACUACGACCGUGGCUAUCAAGGCCAAGGAGGCCGUCAUGGCUCUGAGGAAGAUUCCGAGACCUUCAGCGACUUUACCAUGAGAUCGGACAUGGCUCGCGCUGCUGAAAUGGAUUACUACGGCCGGGGUGACGAGCGUUACAAUAGCUACAACGAUGGACAACGUGGCUACCGACCUCCUUCGUCGCAAAUUUCCUAUGGUGGCAACCGCUCUUCAGGUGCCUCGACUCCUAACUAUGGCAUGGACUACGGUAAUGUUCUCCCUGCUGGUCAGCGAUCCCGAGAGCCCUACCCGGCCUGGACUUCAGAUGCCCAGAUUCCUUUGUCCAAGGAGGAGAUUGAGGACAUUUUCCUCGACUUGACCUCCAAGUUUGGUUUCCAGCGUGACAGCAUGCGCAACAUGUACGACCAUCUGAUGAUCCUUCUCGACUCUCGAGCCUCUCGCAUGACCCCGAAUCAGGCUCUUCUCUCUCUUCAUGCCGAUUAUAUUGGCGGUGACAACGCAAACUACCGCAAAUGGUACUUUGCGGCUCACCUGGAUUUGGAUGACGCUGUCGGAUUUUCCAACGCACAGGGCAAGGGCCUAAAGCGCAAGAAGAAGGGUGGAAAGAAGAAGAAGAAGGAUGCCGAGGCUAACGAAGCUGAAACUCUUCAGGAGCUUGAGGGCGAUGACAGCCUCGAAGCUGCUGAGUACCGCUGGAAGACCCGUAUGAACAAGAUGUCUCAGCAUGAUCGGGUUCGCCAGAUCGCUCUUUACCUGCUUUGCUGGGGUGAAGCUAACCAAGUUCGUUUCAUGCCCGAGUGCUUGUGCUUCAUCUUCAAGUGUGCGGAUGAUUACCUCAACUCUCCCGCUUGCCAAGCUCUCGUUGAGCCUGUGGAGGAGUUCACUUACCUUAACAACGUCAUUACUCCUCUCUACCAAUACUUGAGAGAUCAAGGUUACGAGAUUUCCGACGGCGUGUACGUCCGCCGUGAGCGUGACCACAAGAACAUCAUUGGUUAUGAUGAUUGUAACCAGCUCUUCUGGUACCCCGAAGGUAUUGAACGCAUUGCCCUUCAAGACAAGAGCAAGCUGGUCGAUGUGCCUCCUGCUGAGCGAUACCUCAAGCUGAAGGAUGUCAACUGGAAGAAGUGCUUCUUCAAGACAUACAGGGAGUCUCGUUCUUGGUUUCAUCUCCUCGUCAACUUCAACCGUAUUUGGAUCAUUCAUUUGACCAUGUUCUGGUUCUACACCUCUCACAAUGCUCCCAGUAUCCUGGUUGGUCCCAAAUACGAACAGCAGGUUAACCAGCAACCCUCAACGGCCAAGUCUUUCUCCAUCGUCGGUUUCGGUGGUGCCAUUGCAUCUCUUAUCCAGGUUCUCGCUACUCUUGCGGAGUGGGCUUAUGUCCCUCGUCGGUGGGCAGGUGCACAGCAUCUCACUAAGCGACUGCUGUUCUUGCUCUUUAUCCUCGUUCUCAACAUCGCCCCCGGUGUGAAGGUUUUCAUGCUGCCAAAGCUUGGACCUGAGAAGAUCAACACCGCUAUCGGUAUCGUUCACUUUAUCAUUGCUCUGAUCACGUUCAUCUUCUUCUCCAUCAUGCCCCUUGGAGGUCUCUUUGGCAGCUACCUGUCUACCAACAGCAGACGCUACGUUGCUAGUCAGACAUUCACUGCUAGCUGGCCAAGACUCCGUGGCAAUGACAUGGCCAUGUCCUAUGGUCUUUGGGCGACAGUAUUUGGUGUCAAAAUGGGUGUCUCCUACAUCUAUCUGAUUCUCUCGUUCCGUGAUCCCAUCCGAUACUUGAACAUCAUGAACGUCGACUCUUGCCUGGGUGACAAGACACUCCUCGGCAAUACGCUUUGCCGUUGGCACCCAACUAUUGUCCUCGCCUUGAUGGCCUUCACUGACGUUAUCUUCUUCUUCCUCGAUACUUAUCUUUGGUACGUAUUGUUGAACACCGUGUUCUCGGUUGCACGAUCGUUCUAUAUCGGAUCUUCCAUCUGGACACCUUGGCGAAACAUCUUCUCUCGCCUUCCCAAGCGUGUUUACUCCAAGGUUCUGGCCACGACGGACAUGGAGAUUAAGUAUAAACCAAAGGUUCUCAUCUCGCAGAUUUGGAACGCCAUCGUUAUUUCCAUGUACCGUGAGCAUCUUCUGGCAAUCGAGCACGUCCAGAAGCUUCUUUACCACCAGGUUCCUUCUGAGCAGGAGGGCAAGCGAACUCUUCGUGCACCUACUUUCUUCAUCUCUCAGGAAGAUCACUCUUUCAAGACCGAAUUCUUCCCUGCCUACAGUGAAGCUGAGCGCCGAAUUUCGUUCUUUGCGCAAUCUCUCUCCACUCCUAUUCCCGAACCUCUACCUGUAGAUAACAUGCCUACCUUUACGGUCAUGAUCCCCCACUACAGCGAGAAGAUUCUUCUUUCUCUUCGAGAAAUCAUUCGCGAGGAUGAGCCUUACUCUCGUGUUACUCUUUUGGAAUACCUCAAGCAGCUGCACCCUCACGAGUGGGAUUGCUUCGUCAAGGAUACCAAGAUUUUGGCUGAUGAGACCUCCCAAUAUAACGGCGAGACAGAUAAGAACGAGAAAGACACCGCCAAGAGCAAGAUCGACGAUCUUCCCUUCUACUGCAUUGGUUUUAAGUCUUCAGCACCCGAGUACACCCUCCGUACCCGUAUCUGGGCGUCUCUUCGUUUCCAAACCCUGUACCGCACUAUCUCUGGUUUCAUGAACUACAGUCGUGCCAUCAAGCUCCUCUACCGUGUCGAGAACCCUGAGGUUGUUCAGAUGUUCGGUGGUAACACCGACAAGCUGGAACGCGAACUUGAGCGUAUGGCUCGCCGCAAGUUCAAGAUUGUCGUUUCCAUGCAGCGAUUCUCCAAGUUCAAGAAGGAAGAGAUGGAAAAUGCCGAAUUCUUACUCCGUGCCUACCCUGACCUUCAAAUCGCUUACUUGGACGAGGAACCCCCGGUUGCUGAAGGCGAAGAGCCCCGACUUUACUCUGUUCUUAUUGACGGUCACUCUGAAGUUAUGGAGAACGGCAUGCGACGUCCCAAGUUCCGUGUUCAACUCUCUGGCAACCCUAUCCUUGGUGAUGGAAAGUCCGACAACCAGAACCACUCCAUCAUCUUCUACCGUGGCGAGUACAUCCAGCUUAUUGAUGCCAACCAGGACAACUAUCUGGAGGAGUGUCUCAAGAUUCGCAGCGUUUUGGCCGAAUUUGAAGAGAUGAAGACUGACAAUGUUUCUCCCUACACUCCUGGUGUCAAGAACGACGUUCACUCCCCUGUGGCCAUUCUCGGUAUGCGAGAGUACAUUUUCUCAGAGAACAUUGGUAUUCUUGGUGACAUUGCUGCCGGUAAGGAACAGACAUUCGGUACUCUUUUCGCUCGAACCAUGGCUCAAAUCGGUGGUAAACUUCAUUACGGACAUCCCGAUUUCCUGAACGGUAUCUUCAUGACAACUCGUGGUGGUGUCUCCAAGGCUCAGAAGGGUCUGCAUCUGAACGAGGAUAUUUACGCUGGUAUGACUGCCCUCCUUCGUGGUGGACGAAUCAAGCAAUGUGAAUACUUCCAGUGUGGUAAGGGUCGUGAUUUGGGUUUCGGUUCCGUCCUGAACUUCACAACCAAGAUUGGUACCGGUAUGGGUGAACAGUUCUUGUCCCGCGAGUACUACUAUCUCGGCACUCAACUCCCUCUCGAUCGAUUCUUGUCCUUCUACUACGCGCAUCCUGGUUUCCAUUUGAACAACAUGUUCAUCAUGUUCUCCGUUCAGAUGUUUAUGAUUACAAUGGUCAACCUGGGGGCUCUUCGCCAUGAGACAAUUCCCUGCGAAUACAACCGAAACGUCCCCGACACCGACCCUCUCUACCCUACUGGUUGUGCCAACACGGAUGCUCUCACCGACUGGAUUUAUCGAUGUAUUGUUUCCAUUCUCUUCGUUCUGUUCCUCUCUUUCAUCCCUCUUAUUGUUCAAGAGUUGAUGGAGCGUGGCUUCUGGCGUGCCUUCACUCGAUUGAUGAAGCAAUUCUGCUCGCUCUCGCUCAUGUUCGAGGUUUUCGUGUGUCAGAUCUAUGCGAACUCUGUGCAGCAGAAUAUUUCGUUCGGUGGUGCGCGAUAUAUUGGUACGGGUCGUGGUUUCGCCACUGCACGUAUUCCUUUCGGUGUCUUGUAUUCUCGUUUUGCCGGACCAGCUAUUUACUUCGGCGCUCGUUUGCUCAUGAUGCUUCUCUUCGCAACUCUCACUGUCUGGAAGGGUGUGUUGAUCUAUUUCUGGAUCACGCUUCUUGCCCUGACCAUCUCGCCUUUCUUGUACAACCCUCACCAGUUCGCAUGGACCGACUUCUUCAUCGACUACCGCGAUUACCUCCGAUGGUUGUCUCGUGGUAACUCCCGAAGCCACGCCUCAUCUUGGAUUUCCUACUGUCGUCUCUCUCGAACUCGUCUUACUGGUUACAAGCGAAAGACUCUGGGAGAUCCCUCUGCCAAGAUGUCCGCAGAUGUUCCUCGCGCCCCCUUUGCCAACAUCUUUUUCAGCGAGAUCUUCUCUCCCCUCAUGCUUGCCGUUGUCACGAUUCUCCCCUAUCUGUUUAUCAACGCCCAAACUGGUGUUGCCCAGGCCCCUCAGAAGGACAGCGUGAAAGGCAAGCCCCAGCCAACCGACUCUCUGGUCCGGCUGCUCGUCAUCUCCUUUGCACCCAUUGCUGUUAACGCAGGUGUCUUGGCUGCUAUGUUCGGCAUGGCGUGUUGUAUGGGUCCCCUCCUCAGCAUGUGCUGCAAGAAGUUCGGCAGUGUUCUCGCCGCUAUCGCUCACGCUACUGCUGUCAUCUUCCUGUUGGUUUCCUUCCUGGGUAUGUUUGUUCUCGAGGGCUUCAAUUUCACCCGCACAUUGGCUGGUAUGAUCGCUGUGACGGCAAUCCAGCGGUUUUUCGUCAAGCUUAUUGUGUCUCUCGCUCUUACCCGUGAAUUCAAGUCCGACACUUCCAACAUCGCUUUCUGGACCGGAAAGUGGUACUCCAUGGGAUGGCACACCAUCUCCCAGCCUGCUCGAGAGUUCCUCUGCAAGAUCACCGAACUGUCCAUGUUCGCAGCUGAUUUCGUUUUGGGCCACUGGCUGCUUUUCUUCAUGGCACCCGUCAUCUUGAUUCCCAAGAUCGACACGCUGCACUCUAUGAUGCUGUUCUGGCUUCGUCCCAGUCGCCAAAUUCGACCUCCCAUCUACUCGAUGAAGCAGUCCAAGCUUAGGCGCAGACGUGUGAUUCGUUACGCCAUCCUCUACUUCACGCUUCUCGUCAUUUUCGUUGCUCUGAUUGCCGGACCUGUCGUGGCUGGCAAGUACAUGCCACCCAAUACGAUCAGUGAUGCCCUCAAGGGACUGCCCUUUAAUCUUGUUCAGCCCAACAACCUUAACAAAGACAACACCAACAGCACCAUGGCUACUGGUACAGGAAAGGUUGGCUACACCGGUGCUGGUCUUACGAAGACCAAGACUGGCGCCGAUGCCUCGGCAACUGGCAAGAUCAAGCUGUUCUAA